AUGAACACCACCAUCACCUCCGAUCCAAAUUCCGGCACCGGGUGGUUCCUCGGAUCGGAACAAAUCCGGGGAUUCGACUAUGCCAUUGGUGUUUCCGCUAGCAUUGUUCUAUUGUUUGCAUCCAUAACAAUGACUUCAUAUUUAUGUACUCGAAAUCAAACACCACAAAGAAUGAUAAAUCGCGAUGACAAUAAUUGUGUGGAUGUGGAAAUGAGGAUUGAUGAAGCAACACUUUUGAGUUACCCUAAGUUGUUAUAUUCAGAAGCUAAGGUGAAUUAUUAUAAGGAUUCAUCAUCAACAACUAGUAGUUGUUGUUCAAUAUGUUUAGGUGAUUACAAUGAUAAUGAUAUGCUAAGGUUGUUACAAGAUUGUGGACAUUUGUUUCAUUUGAAAUGUGUGGAUCCUUGGCUUAUGUUGAAUCCAACUUGUCCAAUUUGUAGAACAUCACCAUUGCCAACACCACAAUCUACUCCUUUGGCUGAGGUUGUUCCUUUGGGUUCUAGACCUUCGGGAUUGAUGUUGCAGUAAAAAUUCUGACUCUGCUACU